AUGGCUCCAGGCGCACAGGUGCUCGUCGCCGCCCCGCCGCAUGGCGCCCCUGCCAACGGUAGCGGCAUCCCCGGCCUUGCCCCGCCGCUGCCGGUCCUCGCGCCGCUGCCCGCGCCCGCUGCCGGACCCGGCCCGGCCGCGGCGUCACGCGGCUUCGGCGGCGCUGCUGCGGCGUCGGCGCCACCGGCGGUCGACAGCGUACUGGAUCUAAUUGGCGCGACGCCCAUGCUGCGUGUGUCGCGAUUUGACACUGGCCCAUGCGAGCUGUUCCUCAAGCUUGAGAAUGUCAACCCCGGCG